AUGUCCCAUAGCCAAUCCACUUCAACAAAAGCUUGUCCGUUACUAUCUGUGGUCACAUCAACCAACAUGGACCAACUUCCACCAGCUUCUGAAGCCCCAAACGCAGAAGCCUCAUCUCCAAGGCGCAAGCUGCCACUUGGUGCAAUAGUAUCGCCUCUCAGUCCGUUCUUUAACGAGAGAGCCAAAAAUUGCGCUCUCGAACAAGCUAAAUCGAAAGCAUUAGAAACGGCCCUUUCGGGCUUAGAUGUCGCCAGCGAAAGCAAGAACCGCUCUCGGUCCACGUCUCAAAGCUCAAAACUCAGCGAAGCAUCAAGCACAGGAUCAUUAUCGUCGUCGUCUUCGUCUCACGAUAGCCAACACUCUGCAGCAUCUCCAAUAAGUAUGUUAGAUAACGAAACGCUUCUCCCGAGUUUGCCUCGAAUCUCAUACGAGGAUUGGAGCAAAUUUGGGAUUAAUCUCUUUACGCCAAAACUAUUAAACCCACACUCUAAAAUGUAUUAUCACUACCCUUCCAUUGAGAAGAAAAAGAACAACCUCAAUCAUCUUACCGGCAAUCGUCCCAGAUCUAAAUCUUCUACCGUCCACGGCUAUUCACCUCCACAAUUUGAGGACCAUCGCAUUAACCGCCCCGGGAUUCAUCAGUUGUCCAACCCUGCACUUCAAAGUCGACCUCAUCCCCAAAGCCCACUAACCCGAUUCAUGUCCCUACGUCAUCCUCUGGAGAGGAACUACACUCGAUAG